AUGUCUCAGCACAGUCAAUUAGAUAACUAUAUCGUCUUACGUGGACUGGGAAAGGGAGCCACUGCAAAAGUCAAAGCAGUGCGUGACCCUGAAACUGGCCUCGUAUACGCAGCAAAAAUCUUGAAAUUCCAGAAUGAAGCUCUCACUGCCAGAUUUCGAGAAGUCGUCCAAAAUGAGAUGCAAAGUCUCAACAGAAUCAAUCAUCCUAACAUCGUAAAUCUAGUUCACGCCAAUGAGAGCGGAGUCUAUACAAGGAAAAAUGGAUCUAAAUAUAAUUGCAUGUAUAUGAUAAUAGAGCUUUGCCCGAACGGGGAGCUUUUUGACGUCUUAUUUCAAUCAGGAAGAUUUGAUGAAAGGGUAGCCAGAUUUUACUUUCAUCAGCUGAUCGAAGGACUUGAAGCUUGUCAUCGGGCUGGUGUAACUCAUAGAGAUUUAAAGCCUGAAAAUAUAUUAUUUGAUGAAAAUUUUAACUUAAAAAUUACAGAUUUCGGAUUCGCUUUUUCAAUAGAAGGCAGAGAUGGAUCUGGAUUUUUGCAUACACACUUGGGAACUGAAGGCUAUAUGGCUCCAGAAAUCCAUGCAAGGCAGCCAUACAGUGGUGCAUCUGUAGACGCUUUUGCAUCUGGAAUCAUCUUAUUCAUCAUGUAUUCACAGAAUCCACCAUUCAGCAAGGCUGUUCCGACAGACCCAUACUAUAAGCUGCUAUCAAAUAGAGAAGAAAAGUUUUGGCAACUGCAUUCAAGGAAUAAGCCUUCAGGCCACUAUUCUGCUGAAUUUAAAUCUUUGAUCACAGACAUGCUUGCUUUACUCCCCCCCCCCCUCCGUGAGCGAAACAAAAAAAUUUUGUUCGCUCACGGAGGGGGGUUAAUUUUUUUUUUUAAAAAAAAUUUAUAUAUAAAUUUUAUAAAAAAUAUUUUUUUCGAAAUUUAAAAAAAUCCUAAUUUGCAAAAAUUGGGAAGCAAAUAUUAAUUUAAUUUGCAAAAUUUAUGUUUUAAAACGCAAUUUGUUUAAAAUUAAACAGAAUUAGCUCUAGAUUUCAUUAUACUAAUUAUCACUUAUAUAUAAAAAUUUUUUUCCAUUAAAAUUUUUUCUAUUAAAAAAAUUUUUGUUCACUCACGGAGGGUGGGUUUUUGGUCAAAAAAUGGCGAUUUUUCUAAUGGUUUUGUUCGCUCACGGAGGGGGGGGGGGGAGUUAGAUCCAGCAAGAAGACUGACUAUUGAGCAAAUUAAAGCUCAUCCCUGGUAUAAUGGUCCUAUUGCUUCAGCCCAAGAAGUGGGACAAGAGCUUAGAGCCAGACAACGGGGAAUAAUUGAAGCUGCAGAAAGGGCUCAGGAGCAAAGACAAAAAGCAUUUGGACAGAAAUCAGGUAUUGUAUGUCAGGGAGGUAGAUUCUAUAGAGGUGAAGAAACAGAUAUAGGAGAUCUUUCUUUAUCUUUUUCAAUACCUCAAGAAGAACUAAUUGCUAAGCCUCUACCUGAAAAUUUUCAAGCAGUUAACAAAUUCUCACAGCUAUUCACAGGGUUGUGCCCCCAAGAUGUUAUGACUAUAAUUUCGCUUUGCCUUUCAGAUUAUAAUGCGGAGUGUGAGAUUUCUCAGGAUUGCUAUAAAGUUGUAGCCAAUGUGGUUACAGAAACUGAUUUAGUUAACUUCAAAGUUAAUAUUUAUGAUGCUGGAAAUUUCAUGACUGCACUUUCGUUUGACUUACUGAGAGGCAGCAAAUUUGAUUUAAUGAAUAUAUACAGAAAAGUUGAAGAGAGAAUACAAGAAGUUCAAAACUCUUAA